AUGGCGUCGGACGAGGAGGUGGACGAAAGCUACGUAGGAGACGAUGAUGUAGACGAGACCGGAGGGCAAAUGUCAAAUGUCGGUCAGCCAGUAGACGGCUCAUCCGAUGCUGAAGAAUCUCAAAGACUGGAAGAAGAUGAUGACUAUGAGCCAGAAGAGAGAAAAAAGAAAAAAGGUAAAAAGCGGAAAGCGCGUAGUGAGGACAAAAAGGGAAAGAAAAAGAAGAAAAAGAAAAAAUCUGAUUCCGGAGAUGAAAGUGAUUUUGGUGGUGGUGAAGCUGGCGACGCAGCCGGCGAAGAUAGUGAUUAUGCAGUCAACAGGAAGAGUAGAAAGUCGUCAUCGAGAAAAUCAUCCAGUCAUAAUACACCAACCACUCAGAGCCAGGAACCUACGACAGGCAUGCCCACAAUUGAAGAAGUGUGCAAUACAUUCGGUUUAACGGAUGUACAUAUCGAGUAUUCUGAAGCUGACUUCCAAAACCUAACGACGUACAAACUAUUUCAACAACAUGUCAGACCACUCUUAGCGAAAGAGAACCCGAAAGUUCCAAUGUCGAAACUAAUGAUGUUAGUGGCAGCUAAGUGGCGCGAUUUUUCUGAAUUAAACCCACACACGCAACCGGAUGCGGACGUUUCGUCUACGAAUGUAGAUGAUGAUAGCAGAAAUGCCAGGGCGAAUCGUAGUGGUGCUAUGCAAGAAGCUGAAGAUGAGGAGGAAGAUGACGAGGACAGUGAUCGAAAAAGAAAAUCACGAGGCUCGAGGGCGAAAAAAGGGAAAAAGGCUUCCAAAGUACCAACAUUGAAGAUUAAGCUUGGAAAACGUAAACGAGGAAGCUCGGACGAGGAGGCGGAAGGUAGCGCGGCAGGUUCUGAUAGAGAUUCCGAUAUGGAGUUUGAGCAAAUGCUAGCCGACGCGGAGGAGACUCCCGGUGCCGAGGGCAAUAAUAAAGGCAAUGUUGAGGACAGUGGCGUCGAGCCUCCGGCCGAGCCGCCGGUUCGCAGAAAGGCGAAAACUAAAAUCGGGAAUAAGACCAAGAAAAAGAAGAAGACGAAAACCACUUCCAAAUUCCCAGACGGAGAGGAAGGUCUCCAGACUGACCACCAAGAUUAUUGCGAGGUUUGUCAGCAAGGCGGCGAGAUCAUUUUGUGCGACACGUGUCCCAGAGCGUACCAUUUGGUAUGCUUGGAGCCCGAGCUAGAGGAAACACCGGAAGGAAAAUGGAGUUGUCCCCACUGUGAAGGCGAAGGUGCAGCGGACGACGAUGAUGAGCACAUGGAAUUCUGUAGAGUGUGCAAAGACGGUGGUGAAUUAUUGUGCUGCGACAGUUGUACGAGCGCAUAUCAUACGCAUUGCUUGAAUCCUCCGUUAUCAGAGAUUCCCGAUGGCGAUUGGAAAUGUCCUCGAUGUUCUUGCCCACCGUUAAGAGGGAGAGUUGCAAAAAUCUUAACGUGGAGAUGGAAGGAAUGUUCGGAAACUCCGUCGGAAGAACCUUCCACGAGCAAGGCUGCGCCUAAGCAAAGGAAGAUGCGCGAAUUCUUCGUCAAGUGGGCGGACAUGUCCUAUUGGCAUUGCGACUGGAUAACGGAAUUGCAGCUUGACGUUUUUCAUCCACUUAUGUACAGGAAUUACUAUCGCAAGUACGACAUGGACGAGCCACCAAAGUUGGAGGAGCCAUUGGACGAAAGCGAUUCCCGUGUGAAGCGAUUGAAGGAACAGGAUGGUGCCACCAACAGGGACGAGUACAAUUUGGAGGAACGAUUCUACCGUUACGGCGUGCGUCCGGAAUGGUUGGUCGUUCACAGAGUGAUCAAUCAUCGAUUGCAGAGGGAUGGCAGGGCCACGUAUCUCGUAAAGUGGCGGGAACUCGGCUACGAUCAAGCGACAUGGGAAGAUGAGCACGAGGACAUACCGGGCUUGAAGCAGGCCAUAGAGUAUUAUCUGGAUCUGAGAGCGGCGAACUGUUGCGAUGGUAGUUCGUCACGCAAAGGGAAGAAGGGAAAAGGCAAGAAAUCGAAGACGCGCGAGAUAAUUGACGAUGAGGAGAGAACGCCGAAGCGGUACACGCCACCGCCGGAUAAACCCACGACGGAUCUCAAGAAGAAGUACGAGAGACAGCCGGAAUAUUUGGACCAAACCGGGAUGCAGUUGCAUCCUUAUCAAUUGGAGGGCUUAAACUGGCUGAGAUAUUCAUGGGGUCAGGGUAUAGAUACAAUAUUGGCCGACGAAAUGGGUCUAGGGAAAACUAUUCAGACUAUUACAUUCUUGUAUUCCUUGUACAAGGAAGGCCACUGUAAAGGUCCCUUUUUGGUUUCCGUCCCUCUGUCGACCAUUAUCAAUUGGGAACGUGAAUUCGAGACUUGGGCGCCGGACUUCUACUGUGUCACUUAUGUGGGUGACAAAGAUAGCCGUAUUGUGAUUCGUGAAAACGAGUUGUCGUUCGAAGAGGGUGCUGUGCGCAGCGGACGCGCUUCCAAGAUUCGUUCGUCGUCGAUCAAAUUUAACGUUCUGCUCACGAGCUACGAACUCAUCUCGAUAGAUUCCGCAUGCCUAGGUUCAAUUGAUUGGGCCGUUUUAGUCGUUGACGAAGCACACAGAUUGAAGUCAAACCAGUCCAAGUUCUUUAGAUUGUUAGCGUCCUACAACAUUGCGUAUAAGCUUUUGCUGACUGGGACUCCGCUGCAGAAUAACUUGGAGGAACUGUUUCACUUGCUGAAUUUCUUGUGUCGCGACAAAUUCAACGAUCUCGCAGCUUUCCAAAACGAAUUCGCUGACAUUUCGAAGGAAGAGCAGGUCAAGAAGCUGCACGAAAUGCUUGGCCCCCACAUGUUGAGAAGAUUGAAAGCUGACGUACUGAAGAAUAUGCCUAGUAAAUCUGAAUUCAUUGUACGAGUUGAAUUGUCACCGAUGCAGAAGAAAUAUUACAAAUAUAUAUUAACGAGGAACUUUGAAGCUUUGAAUCCCAAGGGUGGUGGUCAACAAGUAUCAUUGUUAAAUAUAAUGAUGGAUCUCAAGAAAUGUUGUAAUCAUCCGUAUUUAUUUCCUGCUGCAUCGCAAGAGGCACCGACUGGACCAAAUGGGAGUUACGAGACAUCGGCGUUAAUUAAAGCAGCCGGAAAAUUGGUCUUACUCAGCAAGAUGUUGAAGAAAUUGCGAGAUGACGGACACAGAGUCCUUAUAUUUUCUCAAAUGACAAAGAUGUUGGAUAUUCUUGAGGAUUAUUUAGAGGGCGAAGGAUACAAAUACGAGAGAAUAGACGGUAAUAUAACGGGUGCGCAACGUCAAGAGGCCAUUGAUCGGUUCAAUGCUCCUGGCGCGCAGCAGUUUGUCUUCUUGCUUUCCACUCGUGCCGGUGGGUUAGGUAUCAAUUUAGCAACGGCGGAUACCGUAAUCAUUUAUGAUUCAGAUUGGAAUCCACACAAUGAUAUCCAAGCGUUCAGCAGAGCUCACAGAAUAGGACAGGCCAACAAAGUUAUGAUCUAUAGAUUUGUCACGCGUAACUCUGUAGAAGAGAGAGUAACGCAGGUAGCUAAACGUAAGAUGAUGCUCACUCAUCUGGUUGUGCGACCGGGCAUGGGCGGCAAAGGCGCUAAUUUCAGCAAGCAGGAGCUUGACGACAUCUUACGGUUUGGUACGGAAGAAUUAUUUAAGGAAGAGGAGGGCAAGGAAGACGAAGCUAUUCAUUAUGACGACAAGGCUGUCGCUGAAUUACUAGAUAGAAGUAAAGAAGGUAUCGAACAGAAGGAGAAUUGGGCCAAUGAGUACUUAAGUUCCUUCAAGGUUGCCUCAUACGUGACGAAGGAAGGGGAGACGGAAGAGGAGGCAGAUACAGAGAUAAUCAAGCAGGAAGCGGAAAAUACAGAUCCAGCGUAUUGGAUCAAGCUGCUUAGACACCAUUAUGAGCAACAACAGGAGGAUAUUGCUAGAACACUCGGCAAAGGCAAACGAGUACGGAAGCAAGUCAAUUAUACUGACGGUGGUGUAGCUGGCGACCAAGGAGCGAGAGACGACCAGCCAUGGCAAGAAAAUCUGUCGGAUUAUAAUAGCGACUUUAGCGCUCCUAGCGACGAUGACAAAGAAGACGACGACUUUGACGAGAAAGGCGACGGAGACUUGUUAUCGCGCAGAAGUAGACGAAGGCUGGAGAGACGCGACGAGAAGGACAGACCAUUGCCGCCUUUGCUUGCAAGAGUAAACGGAAAUAUCGAGGUACUCGGUUUUAAUGCGAGACAACGGAAAGCGUUUCUUAAUGCGAUUAUGCGCUAUGGAAUGCCACCGCAAGAUGCUUUUAAUUCUCAAUGGUUGGUACGCGAUUUGCGUGGGAAAUCUGAGAAAAAUUUCAAAGCCUACGUAUCGCUCUUUAUGCGACAUCUUUGCGAACCAGGUGCCGAUAAUGCGGAAACAUUCGCAGACGGUGUGCCGCGAGAAGGUCUUAGUCGACAGCACGUAUUAACGAGAAUCGGCGUGAUGUCUCUAAUCAGAAAGAAGGUGCAAGAGUUUGAACACAUAAAUGGUUAUUAUUCGAUGCCGGAGAUGAUACGAAAGCCAGUAGAACCUGUGAAGGUUGGUGAAGGAGUCGGUGAUGCAGCCACCGGUACCAGUAGCACUAGCGCUACACCGGCCACUUCGAAUGCUCCUAGUCCUAGCCCUGCCGCCACCCCAACUCCGACAUCCGGCACGGGCAAUGAGACUAACAAAACUCUGAAUUCUGAUUCAUCUGAAGCUAAGGAAUGUCGAGAUGAAUCGAAAGAUAAAGAGGGUGGUGACACGAAGGAUUCUAAAGAAGAUCCGAAGAGUUCUAAGGAAGACGAUGAAACGAGUUCUGAAAAAGAUAAGGAGAAAGAGGACGUUAAGAAAGAGGAGAAGGACGCUGAGACGGAGACUGCUGAUAAGGAUAAAGCUGACACGAAGGAUGAAAAGGCCGCAGCAAAGCAUGACGAUAAAGCGGAGAAUAGUGAGAAUAAGGUUAAAACUGAAUCCGAGGAGGACGUUGUUAUCGUUAAGGAUGACGAAGAGGAAGUUGAGAAACGAGAGGAGAAAGAUAACAAAGAGAAAGAUGUCAAGGACUCGGAUGCAGAUGUGAUUAAGCCUAAGCGCAAAUUCAUGUUUAACAUUGCCGAUGGUGGCUUCACGGAACUGCAUACGCUCUGGCUGAAUGAGGAGAAAGCUGCCGUUCCAGGCCGCGAUUACGAAAUCUGGCAUCGUCGUCACGAUUAUUGGCUCUUGGCUGGUAUUGUCACGCAUGGUUACGGGCGUUGGCAGGACAUACAGAAUGAUAUUCGAUUUGCAAUCAUCAAUGAACCAUUUAAGAUGGACGUGGGAAAAGGGAACUUUUUGGAGAUAAAGAACAAGUUCCUCGCGAGACGUUUCAAGCUCUUGGAACAGGCGUUGGUAAUCGAAGAACAGUUGAGGCGGGCUGCCUAUCUGAAUCUAACACAGGAUCCCAAUCAUCCCGCCAUGAGUCUCAACGCGCGAUUUGCCGAGGUUGAGUGUCUCGCAGAGUCUCACCAACAUCUUAGUAAGGAGAGUCUUGCUGGAAAUAAGCCCGCAAAUGCUGUAUUACAUAAGGUGUUAAAUCAGUUGGAGGAACUGCUUUCUGAUAUGAAAUCAGACGUGAGCCGUUUACCAGCCACACUGGCUCGUAUUCCUCCGGUUGCUCAAAGAUUGCAAAUGUCGGAGAGGUCAAUACUAAGCCGACUUGCAGCUACAGCACCUGGCGGAAGCAGCACUCAGUCAGGUCAGGCGGCGUUACUGGCACAACAGUUUCCGGCAGGUUUCUCAGGAGGACAGUUACCGGCCACUUUCGCAGGCGCCGCUAAUUUCGGCAAUUUUCGACCACAAUACUCAGUACCAGGCCAGCCACCGCAAGGUUUCACAGCCUGAAUAUUAAGUGUUGGAAUACAAUGGCUCAAACAUGGACACAAAAUAGCGCAAAUUGAACUAUCCAGUGAGAAUCAUUUGCGCUGUAACAUUAUUUUUCGUAAAUUGCAGUUUUUAGCUGAAUUUUUCUAGAAAAGAAUACGAAGAGAUGCCCCAAGUGAAGACGUAAAUAUUUUACAAUCGAAUUUGCAUUACUUCUGUAUUUAUUACGUGUACAUUCGGCAUCUAGAUUCGAGAUUUCACAUUUUGUAUUUAUAUAUGCGUUCUUUAUAGGAAGCGACAUUAAUUAUCUCUUUAAGUAUCUUUUAAGAA